CUGGCACUCUGUGCAACUUUUCUUCUCCAUGGAAGCUCAAGCAGCUUGGGCUCCCAUCUUGAAACAGGAGAUCUGGAAGUGCUGAGCGCUUUGGACGCGGUUGAUUCGGAAUGCAAGGUCGACGUUUUCCCCUCUGGAAGCUGUGAAGCUUCAUGGUUGCAACGAAGAGCACAAAAAAGAGGGACUGAAGGGAACAAAGAGACUGAAAAGACUACAGCAGAAGCUCCAGCGGCCUUUGCAAUCGGCACAAACUCGAUACAGCCACACAAAGAUUCGACACAAAACAAUGCCAAGCCUUUGAAAGACGGCGAUGCUCCGGGAAAGGCAGGCGUGGAAACGGCCAUGACACAGACUGCUGCCAAUGCGUCAAGUGAUGCAAGGUUCUGUGAUGGCCACACAGAUGGCACCUGCAAAUAUUUCAGUUGUAGUUCUUGGCGAGGGCCUACACAAUGUGUCCAAAAUCAAUGUCGCUGUCAGCCUGGAUAUUGUGCAAUAGGUGGCAAGUGCGUUCUCAAUGUCCCUGACCAGAAUUUGCUGACAUGUCCACAGCGCACCGGUGGUACGUGCAGUUGGUUUGGAUAUUGCUACCAGUACCGUGGCCCAACUCGCUGUGUUGAUGGUGAGUGCUUGUGCCAGCCAGGUUUUUGCUCUGAUGAUGAUGGCAAGUGCCACAAGAAGAUGCCAGAUGUUCAUGCGGACGUUGUUCCCAUCAACGAUGAAUCCAACAAGUUCCCACCGCGGCAGGAAGAUCUGAAGACCGCAGUUGCCCUUAGUGGCGGCAGUACAAGGGCGAUGGUUGCAGCUAUCGGAGCUCUUCGUGGGAUGGAAGAUCUCAGCCUCAUCAGCCAUGUGGAUUUGUUGGUUUCAGUCUCUGGAGGAACGUGGACUGCUGGUCCCUACAUGUUCUCCCACAUGAGCGAGGAAUCUCUUUUGGGAGCGACUACAGUGCCAUCGCAGCUUUCCUUGCCGGAGCUUACAAAGCGGCCCGGUGCCAUUGGAGAUGCAGCUACUCAUGAUAUCACCGGUUUGCUGAAGCAUGCUUUUUUCAAUCAUGACGAUCCGCACUCGAUUUGGGUAAACACCUUCAACGAGAUACUCUUAAAACCUUUGGCCCUGGGCAACACUAGCAAGUACAUGGCAUCAGACGAGGGGAGCCUGCAACGUAUUCUUCGAAACAACCCGCAUUUACAGAGAGAGGAUUUUGUUGUGCCUCCAAUAGAUCGUCCCAGAGCUUUUGUUAUGCUUGGUGUUUUGCUUGCUCCUCUUGGACAUGAGUCUGAAGACAACACAGUUGUGUCGUUGCAGAUGUCACCAGACUUUUCUGGGUCUCCCUUCUAUUCCGGUGGUCAUGGCCACAUCAACUACGACGAGGAAUCAACCAAUUGGUUUGCGAAAGCAGACAUCCCAGCCGUGAAGCUGGUCGUUGGCGGUGGCAUGGUGGAGACCUUUGCUUUGGGCGGCGAUGCUCCGUAUGAGGGCCAGUCUGGAGGACACGGGGUAAAGAUGCCAUCUCCUUCAGAGCCCUUCAGUUUGGCCAAGGCCAUUGGAGUCAGCAGCGCGGCCUUCACUGCGAUGAUCUCCCAAGCCCUGAACAAAUUUGGUGGCCAGUCCAUGCAGGCACUGAUUCCUGUCACGACAAUGUGGCCAAUCACCUCCAGAAGAGUUCCUGCCCCAAAGGCUGCUGCAAAGUACAAGAUCGGAGACGGAGGACACAUGGACAACUCUGGUUUGUUGCCAAUUCUCCAGCGAAAGGUUCCCCAAGUGGUGAUGUUUGUCAACACAGACGUGCCAAUCAGCCUGAAGUCGGACUUUUGUGGCUCCAAGCGACUGAUUUCUCCUGACCUUCAAGGUGCAGCAGCCUGGUAUUUUGUGGACAAGUUUGGAUUGGCUUCCCACAUUGCAGGGCAGUUUCAGAUGCAUAACCAGGUUUUCCAUUAUGCAGAUCUCCAGCCGAUUCUUUGCGACCUUCAAACCCACAGGCGUGCUGGAAGGCCGGCUGCCUCGCUCAGAAAGCUGGAAGUCUUGAAGAAUAGCUGGUGGGGUAUUGAAGGAGGUUGGAGUGUCCAGCUGCUCGUCAUAUAUUUGGACAAAAGCCAAGUCUUUGAGAACGAGCUUCCAGCAGACACGCAGAAGGAGAUAAAAGCUGGCAAGGACGGAAUGUUCGCCAAUUAUCCGCAUUUCCCUCUAAUGAGUCAGAAUCCGGGGUCUCUGACAUCUUUCACGAGUGCGCAGGUCAACUUGCUGUCUGCUCAAGUGGAGUAUUCGGUUCGGCAGCACGAAGGAUUGCUGAGGGAAGUUCUGCAAGGCAUUCCACACAAUCCAUCUGCACCGGAAAAGAGUGCUGGGUUUGAAGAUUUGAAUCCCAAUGAAAGAAGAGAAGGCUCCUCAGAGCAGGCUGCCAUGGCUGGUUGGGAAGGUGCCCGGUGAGCUCUUCGAGAUUAGUGCCUCAAGCAGGUGCUGCCAGAGGCAAAUAGCUUGGAGACAUUUGGAGACUACGAUUCACUGCCGAUAUUUCGACAGGAGCCAUAGAUGACUUGGGACAAUUUUCAUAUCUUGAGAUUACUUGCUACGAGAUUGCUACAUCAGUUUGGAGCGCUCUAUGCAGCUGCUCCGGUGCAAAGUUUUGCGAUGCAGCUGCGACUUCAUGGCUUCACAAAAUGAAGCUCACAUUUUACAUAUUGGAUUGCGGCUGGUUGUUCUGUACAGAUGGGACUCCGUUUUCUAUUGGAGAAAGACGUGAAAGAA